AGCUUCAGGCGCCCAACGUUCCUCAGCCGCACCUUUGUGACGUGUCAAGCUGACUUAACAUGUCAUAGCCAACUUCGCAAAGGGGUGCUUAAUCGAGAAUGGCCUCAUGCUGCCAGAUUCCCUCUCGGAGUCUCACCUCGUCUUGAAAGCCGGUGAAACGGUAGCCUACAUGAAGUUUCGAAAACUGCUUAUCAUCCCAUCAAGGCUCGCUGAUAGUUCCAACGCCACAGUUGAUGCGAGCUUCUAAAUUUUCUGUCUUCCAAGCUUGCACUUCUUAGAAAAUUCAACACUCGAUCGAUUCACAACCGGCAUCAGAUGGCUACCAAGCAGAACAACACCACUUGCUGUGGUGAUAGCGGACUAUCCGUAGCUGCAAAUGUCAUCGGCGUCUUAACCUUUGUUCUCGGUGCGGUUUUGACCUACUUCGCAUACCUAGCUCUGUCUUUGAACGCUCUAAGAGAUAUACAAACGAUCCGUAGAGAUCUUCAACGAUGGCGUGUCGAAAUAGAUACGAUCAUCCUCCAUUGCAAAAACGAGCACGGCCAAGAGAACCCUACCUUCGAGCGCUACACUCGACAGCUGCAGGCAGGAUUGAAUCUCUUCACCGAUGUCUCAAAAUUGGUGAAAGAUGAGCUCGACGAUCUGCCGAAAUUCGAUACGCAAUCUAGGAUCCCACAUGUCUUUCAAGUUCGACGUCGCGUGCUCUGGGCUCUCAAGCGCCAAAAAGCUAUGGAGUAUUAUGAUCAACUGUUCAAAAUCAAAAGCGACGUGUACUCAAUGUUCAUCUCCUACAUGACCGAGCGGACUAACGAUGAGUUGCGGACCUUGGCCGGAAGAGUGUGAAGCGGAAGCAAAUCGUGCUGCCGUAGAGAGCUUCGCCUGAUUCAGUUGCAAUCAUUCACUCAGUGGUUGGCUCUAUGCUGGAGACUGUAAUGAACGAGUGAAGGUCUGUUCAUGUUGUAGGAAGAGUGAUGAUCGCUUUGAUUUCACAUGCUGUACGCGCCAACGAUUUAGUAGGGGCAGCAGCACAG